AGGUCGUGGCUCUGCUGAAGGACAUGCAGAAGGAGUUGGAGAAGGAGGCGGACGAAGACGAAGAGGUCUACGACAAGAUGUCGUGUUGGUGCAAAACAAACGACAAGGAGAAGACCCAGGCGGUGGCCGACGCCCAGGCCCGCGUCGCGCAGCUGGAGACGGUGAUCGAGGAAUCGACGGCCAGGAGCGCCCGCCUCGGGACCGAGAUCAAGGGCCACGAGGAGGACCUUGCUAAGAGCAAGAAGUCGCUGGACGAGGAGACUGCCAUUCGAGAGAAGCAGGCCGCGGAGUUCAACACCGAGGAGAAGCUGAUGCUUCAGAACAUCCGGGCCCUGGACUCGGCCAUCGCCGUGCUGUCCAAGCACCACGCCAGCGCCUCGCUGAUCGACAACGGGGAGGCCGCGCUGGACGCCCAGGUCGCCCAAGCCCUCAAGCUGGCGCGCUCGAUGAUGCAGAGGCACGAGAUGCUGCUCCUGGAUGCCAUCACGCCCGAGCAGCGCAGGCUGAUCAUGGCCCUCCCCCAGAUGGGCAGCCGGCAGGAGCCAGGCCCUGGCACGGGCUACUACGGCCAGCAGCCCACCUUCAAGCAGGCGUAUGUGCCGGCUUCGAGCGAGGUGUUCGGGAUCCUGAAGCAGAUGAAGGAAACAUUCGAGUCGAACCUCUCCGAGACGCAGAAGGACGCGCUGAGCGACGCCAAGGCUUUCGAGGAGCUCAAGGCCGCCAAGGAGGCUGAGAUCCAGGCGACGACGCAGGCCCUGGAGCAAAAGAAGG